GUAAAUGUAUAAUCACAUGAAAACCGGUAAAGAAACAAAAGAAAACUAACUAAUCAAAUUCCUGUCUCCACUUCCCACCCAACUCAACCCAAUCCAACUAUCAUUGAUCUCACCGUCAUACACAAUGUCAUUCUCCGUCAACCCACCGCCGGCGAUCCACAUUUCCCGACCAUCCAUUUCCCGGCGGGCUCAACGUCUAACCAUGGCUCUCCGGUCCAGCUGCAGUACUAGUAGUGUCUCAGUCUCAACAGCAGCAGCAGCACUGCCUAUACUGACCAAGCUGCAACAUGACUGUGCCACCCCUCUACCUGUGUUACGCCACGUGGCAGAUUCCAUGGCGGAUGACAUGCGUGCUGGACUUGCUGUUGAUGGUGGUAGUGAUCUUAAGAUGAUUCUUAGUUAUGUUGAUUGUUUGCCAAGUGGGAACGAAAGAGGGUUGUUUUAUGCACUGGACCUUGGUGGUACGAAUUUCCGAGUUCUUAGGACUCAAUUAGGAGGAAAGGAUGACAGGGUGAUCGACACCGAAUUUGAGCAAGUUUCUAUACCACAAGACUUGAUGAAUGGCACCUCUGAGGAGCUGUUUGAUUUUAUUGCUUCCGCACUGGCAAAAUUUGUGAAAAAAGAGGGCGGAAAAUUUGUCUUGCCAAAUGGUAGAACUAGAGAGACCGGGUUUACGUUCUCUUUUCCAGUAAAGCAAACCUCCAUUGAUUCCGGAAUAUUAAUCAAAUGGACAAAGGGAUUUGCAGUCUCAGGAACGCCUGGGAAGAAUAUCGUGGCAUGUCUGAACGAAGCUAUGGGAAGACAAGGGCUCGAUAUGAGGGUUUCCGCAUUGGUUAAUGAUACCGUAGCAACACUAGCCGGAGCAAGAUAUUGGGAUGAUGAUGUCAUGGUCGCUGUGAUUCUUGGGACCGGGACCAAUGCUUGCUAUGUGGAAUCUGUGGAUGCCAUUCCUAAAAUGCAAGGCCAUAAAUCUAGCUCUGGGAAAACGAUUGUCAAUACUGAGUGGGGUGCAUUCUCAAAGGGUCUUCCAUUGACAGAAUUUGAUAGAGAAAUGGAUGCCCAGAGUAUAAACCCAGGUGAACAGUUAUUUGAGAAAACAAUCUCAGGAAUGUAUCUUGGUGAAAUUGUCAGACGGGUACUCAUGAAGAUGGCAGAAACCGGUUCAUUAUUUGGAAAGCACAUUCCCGAAAGGCUACAAACUCCAUUUUCUCUUGGGACACCAAAUAUAAGCUCCAUACAGCAGGACACUUCGCAGAACCUUGAAGCUGUUGGAUCAAUCCUAUAUGAAGCAACCGGGGUUGAGUCAAAUUUGGAAGCAAGAAGAAUGGUGGUGGAGGUUUGUGACACGAUUGCAAAACGGGGAGGCCGCUUGGCUGGAGCAGGAAUUGUUGGAAUUCUCCAAAAGAUGGAGGAGGAUUCCAAGGGUAUCGUGUUUGGAAAGCGUAUGGUUGUUGCUAUGGACGGAGGUUUAUAUGAACACCACCCUCAGUACAGGAGGUACCUUAAAGAUGCUGUGGCAGAACUUCUAGGACCAGAAUUAUCGAGUCAUGUAGUUAUAGAGCAUUCGAAAGAUGGAUCUGGAAUUGGAGCAGCACUCUUGGCUGCAACGAAUUCGAUUUAUGAACACUGAUAUAUUGAUUGGGUAAUUUCUCACCCAAACUUACUUAUUUAGUCAUUGUAUCUUGUGUUUGACUUAUCAAAAAGUCAAUUUUGGUAUAGAAUAAAAUAGCUUGAUUGGUUAAUGCAGUUAAAAUCAAGUUAGUAAAAGAACAGUCGUUCGUAUAUUUGUAUUAAUAUGCCUUAAAGAAUACCAUACUUAAUUGGAUGAAUGAAUAUUAUUUUUUGGAA